AUGCCGUUCACACCAAUCAGUUUACACUUGCAGUUUGUUAUCCUGCAUUUCACAAACUAACCAAGUCUUUCACGCUUCGGCCUCGCUUUAAGCUCCGCAAAAUAAGCGAUGUUCUUGAUAUAUCAAGUACAAGAGGCUUAAGACAAAAAUGCAUAUCUAAAGGAGAUUCGCAUUAUAUUCUCUGAAGAACUGUCUCACCAACUCCAUGUGCUUUAAAAGGCGUGUGAAGGAAACGAUGAACAAGACCAGUCCUGUUAAAUUCUGAGGUCAGUUGAUGCUUCUGCCCAAUUUUUUUGUUCACCAAUGUCAGCACUCAUCAAAAGUUCUGGUUCAGUUCAUGAAGCAACAUGAUUUCAGACUUGCUUUCCUUUUAAACAGGUUUGUUUUGUAAAUUUCUAGUUUUUAUUGGUUUUGAGCAAUAUAUGUUAACUGAUACAUCUAAAAUGAUCGGUGUGGAGCUCUAACUAAAAUAGCAUAAUGCUAUUGUCUCCAAUUCUAUCUCCAUCUUUCACUGUCUUUAAUUAGCUGUAAAACUGAUGUCAUCAAUGAAAGGAUCUCAGCCACCUAAAAUUAUAUGUAGUGGUUGAUGCCUAAGAAAAUUACGCUUAAGGCCCACCCGUUUUGGUUCAUAUAAUACGAAAGGGUGACUUCACCUUUGUAAAAUGGCAUUGCAUUUUUUUCUUCCUGUUACCUAUGUCACAUGUUCUUGCAGGUUUCUUGGUGAUGUAUUUUAGCAGAAUUACCGUUUGAGGAAAGUGCAAUGCUAAAUGAUUUUGAACGGACAACUGAACAGAUGAUACGCAUUGGAAACCUUGACAACUUAAUAAGCCUACGGCAGUGAAGGUAUCACAGUUAUGAUACCUUACUAUGGUGAAAACGUUUCCUUAUUCAAUUUCUGUAGAUAUUAGAAUUUUUUCCUUGGAGACAAGUUAUCAUUCUUUUUCUUUUUGUCAAAAGAGGACAAGUUAUAUUUCAUUUGAUAAAAUGGAGAAAGCCCUAUCAACUACUUUAUGGAGAAGACACAGAAGAAAAAGACAAGAAAUGCCAUUUGGUCCAAUGCAGAGAGGCAUUGGGGGAGAAAAGUCUUGUAGGUUUCAAAGAUGGUGGAGAUUUAGAUAAUUUCUACACCAACCUCUCCUCUAACAAGCUCCUUGUAAAUUUUCAACAAAAAAAUGCGUGUCGUCAUUCGUCAACAUUACCAACAGUAACGUCUCUUCUCAUAGCUACAAAACUUCUCAUAUAUCCUGAUAUGAUCUAUGUUGCUCCGUUUUCCAGUAUUUUGAGACUCUUAGAUUUAUAGUUAGUUUAUCUGCAUCACUUAUCUCACUAUCAGAGACAAAUCUCUCAGUGCUCAUGGCUUGAUCAUAUGAAGAAAAUACAACUAUAUAUAUAACACCAAAUACAUAAGUGUCACGAGCAAUUAGAAACCUAUCUUUGCUUGCCAAAGGAGGUCUCUCUUCAGCCAUACUUAAGGUGACAUCUGUCGUUAGUGCUGACUUCUUUUUGUAACUUUUUGUUUGUUUGUCAGCCGUUGAUUAUAUAUAUUUGAAUAGUUUAUGACUCUCUUGUUCUACUCACCUGAAUAUUAUACAUGCAAAGUUUCCUACCUCUGUAGUUAGAAGAAAUCCUUAAUAAUACAUAAGUUUUGAGAUGUAAUCUCAUUUUAACAUAAUGGUAUCAGAAUCCGAUUCAUACUGAUGUGACUCAAAGUUACCAUAUCCAUCAUUGCCGGACUGCGACUGCAUGCCAUCAUGUUAUUAUGCCUGCAUGUACUCUUGACGAUAUCUCAAGAUCUUGAAUAGUGCCCCAGAAGAAGAUUGCUUGAAAAGGUUAUGCGGUACGUAUACCGAGAGAAUAAAGAAGAGACAAUGGAGUGUAAAGGAUGAAAGCGACAUGGGUUGUUUUGGUAUGCGAAUAAGAAAGAAGCACGUGGUUAGUGAGAGAGGGAAGUUCAGCUAUAUAAAUAGAAAUAAGCAGCAGUUAGUGGUUGUGAAGAAAGGAGACAAUCGACCAAAUCUUUUUGACAGUUAAAAGAAGGUAAACAAGAAGAGAGGAGAGACCGUUGUUAGAUACAGAUCGUUCAUCAAACAUGAGAAGAUCUCCUCUCUCGGCUGAUGAAACCGGUUCUCUGAAGAAAGGUCCAUGGUUGCCUGAGGAAGAUGAUAAACUCAUCAGUUAUAUCCACAAACAUGGCCAUAGCAGCUGGAGUGCCCUUCCCAAGCUCGCUGGUCUUAACAGGUGUGGGAAGAGCUGCAGGCUACGAUGGACAAACUAUCUAAGACCCGACAUUAAACGAGGAAAAUUCUCACAAGAGGAAGAAGAGACCAUCUUGAACCUUCAUGCGGUUCUUGGAAACAAGUGGUCAAUGAUUGCAAGCCACUUACCAGGAAGAACAGAUAACGAGAUCAAGAAUUUCUGGAACACUCAUUUGAAGAAGAAGCUGAUUCAGAUGGGUUUUGAUCCCAUGACUCAUCGUCCAAGAACUGAUGAUAUCUUCUCUAGCUUAUCUCAGCUCAUGUCUCUCUCUAACCUUAGAGGACUUGUUGAUCUGCAGCAACAGGUUCCAUUUGAAGAUCAACAAGCUUUACUGAAUCUCCAAGCUGAGAUGACUAAGCUCCAGUUGCUAAACUACUUACUUCAACCUCCUCCUCUUGCCAUGAGCAGUAGUAACAACAUUAACCCUAGUGAGUUAAACAUUCUCAAUCUCCUCACCAAAGAAAACUACAAUACCAAUAAUCUUGACCUCAGUUUCCUCAACCUCCCAUCUCUCAAAACCCUAGAGGAAAAUCAUUUGAGUCAAAACAAUUCUCCAAUAUGGUCCCAUGAACCACCUAGCUUGAACCAAACUAUGUUGCCUUCUCAUGAUCCUUCCCCUUUGGGUGAUGAUUUGGCUCUGAACCAGGCUUCCUCAAGCCAUGAGCAAGAAGCAGCAGCUACAGGCUCUGUAGAUUGGCCUGAUCAUCUCUUUGAUGACUCCAUGUUUCCUUAUCAAUCUUGAGGUAUGUUUGUAUAUGUUUCUAGAAACAUGAUUGUUUAAUGUUUAAUUUGCAUGUGGAGGUUCUGCAUCUGUACGUUACUUCAUGAUGUGUACAUGUGGUCUUAUGUUUUAUAACUCAUACAUGUUGUUUAUAUUCUUCAUACGAACAUUCUAUAUGUAAACCUCAGUGAUGUUUAAAAAAAUCAAUCUUCAUCUACUUUACGGUU